AUGAGACGAGCCAUCAGGACGAGCUCCAUAGUUGAUGAGAAUACCCACGAGCCCAUUCUCUCGAUCUUGACCUUAAUCGUCGAGACAGCCGCCAAGCUACGUAGGGAUGGGCAUAAUGUAGUCCUCGUUUCUUCUGGCGCUGUUGGCGUUGGUUUGCGGAGGAUGGAUGUGGACGAGAGACCCAAAUAUCUUCCUCGCAUACAGGCGCUAGCAGCUGUCGGACAAUGCAGACUCAUGAGCCUGUGGGACGGUUUAUUUUCACACCUUCGACUCCCUGUAGCGCAGAUCCUCUUAACCAGGAAUGACAUUGCGGAUAGGACACAAUACAUCAAUGCUCAAAACACCUUCGCCCAGUUGUUUGAUAUGGGAGUCAUUCCCAUCGUUAACGAGAACGAUACGCUGGCGGUUUCUGAAAUCAAAUUCGGUGAUAAUGACACUUUAUCGGCCAUAACGGCGGCCAUGGUGAAGGCCGACUACCUCUUUUUGAUGACGGAUGUUGACUGCCUAUAUACCUCGAACCCUCGUCACAACCCGGAUGCUAAGCCCAUCGAGGUGGUUUCCGACAUCUCUUCUCUGGAAGCCGAUGUGUCGUCUGCUGGUUCAUCACUCGGGACUGGUGGAAUGAGCACAAAGAUUGUAGCUGCAAAAUUAGCAACUAGUGCCGGAGUGACGACUGUGAUUACCAAGAGUUCCAAACCGGGCAAUGUUCUCGAGAUCGUAAAGUAUCUCCAGCAAUCACAACGAGGUAUCUUGGGACAGUCUUCAACGGUAGAGACAACGCCGUCAGAGUCACAAUCACCGUUGUCGCCGCCUCUACAUACGCGGUUUUUACCUUCAGACACACCAAUUCAAUCCCGGUCAUUCUGGCUCCUGCAUGGUCUCAAGCCACGUGGGAGUCUGUACAUCGACCAUGGGGCAUAUAGCGCUCUUUUGAACAAAGCCAGUCUCCUACCAGCAGGUGUCGUCGGUGUGGAUGGCCACUUCGGUCAACAGGAAGCCGUGCGACUGGUUGUUGUUGAGCGACUCUCGCCAGACUCUCUCAACGGAGACUUCCUCCACCACGGGCAGGAACCCAGGGAAGUUGGCCGUGCACUGGUCAAUUACGGCAGUACUGAGAUUGCACGCAUAAAGGGUCACAGAAGCACACACAUUUACUCCUUGCUGGGAUAUGCUGAUAGCGAAUACAUUGCUCUUCGGGAGAAUAUAUCCUUUUUUCGGUCGGAUGAUUCCGUACGCCAAUAG